GACUUACGAUUUUACUUAUACGCGUAUCUUGAUUUAAAGGAAGGACAAUAACAGCAGGAAAAUUACCUAAAGGAUGGGUUCAUCUAACUCAAGAUCAAGAAAAAACGAUAAUCCCCUAUUAAGAAGUAGCAAAUUUUAUUACAUGCAAAAGACUCCCCUUUUUAAUGGCUUGCUUUAUCGUGUUUUUGACCCAACAGAAGGCGCAUGGCUUUUCAUAAGUAAUACCAAAGACUAUGAAUUUCGCAUCAAAUAUUUAUUUGGACCUAAUAGUCUUGUUAACCCACUAGAUGAUACCACAAUAGAAACGAUGGACGAUGGUUUUCAAUGUGAGCUUUAUCUUUACCCAUUCGAAGCCAAACUUUUUGUUCAGGGAGUUAUUGAUGGAUUUGAAAGCAAGCUGGAAGCCCUGCCUUUGUCGGAAGAAUAUUUCGCGAUGCAUCCAGAAAUAGAUGAAGUGAAAUAUAACUCUCGACUAGACCCACAAAAUAGCAAAUAUUUUUGAAAUUUAUUUUUCGUUUUUAGCCCUUCUAAAAUUUAUGAAUGCGCAUCUACAUAAAUCUAGUUAUUCUGAGGAAGGUGACCAACAUAUGUAUCUAUGUUAUUUAUAUUAGCAUGGUGUGAUGACAUUUUUUUCAGAAAACUAGGACUGAACUAAAAUGUUUGUUUCAUUUAACACUUGUGUGCUGACGUAAUUUAUUGUGGGUAAAACUUGUAUUAGCUAUUUCUCUAAACCCAAGUUGAUUGUUUAUUAUUAAACCUUUUCUACUUUCUCAUUGUUAACUGCUUUAGUUUAAACUUGUAAUAAAUAUAUAAUGACAGUUGAUAUAAAUAUUUCCAUUUAUGUAUAUGCGAUUGAGUAACCACAUAUCCUUGUCUAACUCAAGUUACGCAUGCCUUUCAUCGUAUCUACUAUUUUCUGUAUUGCUUUCUGUUUGUUCACUAAAAUAUACAUGUUUAUCCCCCAUUAUUCAUGUCCUUUCACAGGACUGAAUCCCAACGGAAUGUUUAUAAUUUCCAUAUUUUAUAUUUGGAAUAUCGAACACCCUGCUUCAUUGUAAAAUCAGCUAUCUUUUUUUUAAAGGAAAGAAUAUUAUUCUUUUAUUUUUUGUUAGUGUGUAGUUGUUUGAAUAGACUGAUUAGCAAUAUUAUGUGUCGUGAGCAUCACAU